AGGAAGGUUCCAGAGAAGAACCCCACCCCCACUCCAACCAGGUCACAAUGGCUGGAGCUCUAAAGGGUCCAGGCCCCCUGAGCCAGGAGGAGAGGAGAAAGUCCAAGGAAAGAUGGCUGGCAGUCACCCCUACUUCAACCUGCCUGACUUUACCCAGCCAUCACCGCCCUCCACUCCGCCCAGUCUCCCCUCGCACCAGCGCUGCCGGCCCUCCGAUGCCACCAAGGGCCUGCUCGUGGCCCUGCUGGGUGGGGGCCUGCCCGCUGGCUUCGUGGGCCCCUUCUCCCGUAUGGCUUACCAGGCUUCUCACUUACCCUCGCUGGAGCUGCUCAUCUGUCGGUGCCUCUUCCACCUUCCCAUUGGCCUGCUACUUAGACUACGUGGUGACCCACUGUUGGGACCUCCUGAUGUUCGGGGCCGGGCCUGCCUCCACGCUCUGCUCAAUGUCCUCAGCAUUGGAUGUGCCUAUAGUGCUGUUCAGGUGGUGCCUGCUGGCAACGCUGCCACGGUCCGAAAAGGUUCUUCUACGGUCUGCUCUGCUCUCCUCGCCCUCUGCCUAGAGAGCCAGGGUCUCAGUGGCUACGACUGGUGUGGCCUAUUGGGCAGCACCCUGGGACUAAUCAUCAUUGUGGGACCUGGACUAGGGACAUUACAGGAGGGGACCACCGGCCUCUAUACCGCCCUGGGCUAUGUGCUAGCUUUCCUGGGAGGUCUGGCACUGUCUCUGGGGCUUCUGGUGUAUCGAUCCCUGGACUUCCCCUCCUGUCUUCCAACAGUGGCCUUCCUAUUUGGCCUGGUGGGGCUGGUGGGCUCUGUGCCAGGGCUCUUUGUGCUGCAGACCCCAGUGCUGCCCUAUGAUCCUCUGAGUUGGAGCUGUGUGGGGGCAGUGGGGAUACUUGCCCUGGUCUCCUUUGUGUGCGUGAGCUACGCAGUCACCAAGGCCCACCCUGCCCUGGUGUGUGCUGUCCUGCACUCUGAGGUUGUGGUGGCCCUGAUGCUGCAGUAUUAUGUGCUCUAUGAAACUGUGGCACCUUCAGACAUCAUGGGGGCAGGGGUCGUGUUGGGCAGCAUUGCCAUCAUCACCGCCCAGAACCUCAGCUGUGAGAGGGAAGGGCAGGUGGAGGAGUGAGAUCAAACUUGAGAGCCUGGGGGUUGGGGGGGGCAGGGGUAAAUAGAAGGUGAGAC